UCUUGAGCUACACACCGUUGACAUCCUCCUGUACAUUAGACUGAUCGGUGAGCGCGCGACAGCCUUUCACUUGCGCGUGAAGAGACAAACAGCAGCCAAUCUGAUUGUACACACGCACGCUCACAAUCCCCGGACUCUCGCGCACUCUUUCCCAUAGUGCGCCGUUCUGCUGACUCAGUGCCUUAUUAGAGCGAACAGGUUCCUCGCCACCGAACACAGCUGAGACGCACCAACCAUCGCAACGACUACAGCCAUGUCCAAAACUGCAAUCGCAUACAAAGAGAAGAUGAAGGAGCUGUCACUUGUCUCCCUCAUCUGCUCCUGUCUCUACCCAGAGGCACGCAGCAAUCUGAUGGGAGAGUUUAAAGACAUGGAGGUUAAACCCAUUAAUAAACGGGCUUCUGGCCAGGCCUUUGAGGUCAUCCUUAAGCCACCCUCACCCACGACUGUUGGAGGCUACAGCAUCACUUCUCCUCCCAAGAAGAGGGAUGUGUCACUGGAGGACAUCCAGAAGAAGUUGAAGGCAGCAGAGGACAGGAGGAGAUCCCAGGAGGCUGAAGUGCUUAGGGCCCUGUCUGAGAAGCGCGAGCACGAGCGGGAUGUCAUGCUAAAGGCCAUGGAGGAGAACAGCAGCUUCAGCAAGAUGGCAGAGGAAAAACUCAACACGAAGAUGGAGCAGAUCAAGGAAAACCGUGAUGCGCUCAUUGCAGCCAUGCUGGAAAGACUGCAUGAGAAAGAGAAGCACGCUCAGGAGGUGCGCAGAAACAAAGAGCUGAUGGAAGAACUGACAGCAUGAGCACAUUGCUCUACCCCCACAAUCCUAUCAUCCCAAACGCUCCUCCUCCCUUAGCUGUGACCCUCUGUCCCCCGAGGGACCUCCUCUCAUCCUACCACUGCAGCCCUCUAGAGGAGUCUCUGGUGCACCACCCCCUGUCCUGCCCACCCUGCUCACCCUGCCCAGAGAAAGGGAAUCUACCCUGCCCCGUUACCAUCAGCAUCCUCCCCUGAUAGAGUCCAUAAGACAAAAGUAUAAUUUUUUUUUUGUUUUGCUCAAUUUUAAACCGAACAAAUGAAAGUGGUUGUUGUGUUUUUUUGUAAAUACUUCCUAUUUGUUUUAUAUGAGAUGAUAAAAAGUAUUGCGGUGUGCCAUUUUAUAAUUUUCUCACUGUAUCUUUCUCCUUUAGUGGAUUUACUCGUUUACUCUCUCUCUCUGUUUAUCAAAUCUGCUACAGUUUAUCUUGUGCCAGGCUUGGUGUUUGUUAAUUUGCUGACUAGAAAUGUCUUCUCUAAAUCCUAUGACCAUGUUUGUGUCUCUUUGUCAAAGUGAAGAGAGUAAAGCCACAAAGGUACACACAAUAUAAAUGACUCUAACAGUUAACUAGCAAAGCAUUUACAAGACAACUCUUACUCCUUCUCUUUCUUCAUACAGUCAUGUAGUAUACUGUAUGUUCACAAUACACAGACACACACUUACACACAGUGAUGUGCACAGACCUCAGCAGGGACAGGGCUGAAAUGAUAAAAACAGAUUUUUAACAUUUUACUUAUUUAUUCAUUUUGACUAUUUCAGCAUUGUUCUUGUAUUAUAAACAUAAUUUUUGUUGUCAAACUUGUUGACAAAUAAUAGCCUAUUCUGUUAUAUUCCAUACAAAAAGCACCAUAUUUAAAAAAAAAAAACAUUUCUUCAGACAUAGUCUGUGAUAAUCCCAUGUUUUUGACUUGUGUCAUAGUAAAACCAUGGAAGUAUCUUGGAGUAGUAUGACAUCAUUCAGUACCAUGAUAUCCCUGGUAAUGGCACAGUGUCUUUUUUUGUUUCGUUAUAGUGCUCUAAUCUUUUUCUUGUCUCAUCAAUCUUUUCACUUCUCUCAUCUCUGCAAACUCACUUUACCAUUUUAUCUCUGCUGCUUCCAUUCUGACCUCGUCAUGGUUUUGAAUGGUUGCCCACAUGUCCAAAAAAUGGUAAUACCAUGGUCUCCUAGUUUAAAAAAAUACCAAACUGGCUUUGCCUGAAUCAGAAAGCUCCUUCAAUUAAUGGCAGUAUUCUAUAAAAGGCGUAUUACAUUUCUAUCACUGAAAGGGAUGCGACCGCUCCCAUAAUAAUUAAUAAAACUGUCUAAACUGCAGGUGUGCCAUGUGAUAUCGGAAAUGUGGUAUCAGUCGAGAAUUAAUCUGUUGAUGAAUUUACAACACAACACAAUUCACAGAGUGGACAUUUUAUCUGACCUGUGUUGGUUUGCAUUUAUAAUUCUGCGUUGAUGUGUUUGCGUCAUUCUGUGAGUACUCAGCCAAAAUGCUAACUUUCAUAAAUAAACAAAAGAAAUGCAAGCAAUGUAAGUUCUGGAUUCAAAAGUAUUUAUUAAAUUACUGUAGCAUCAAACAUGAGUUCAAAGUAUGUAAACAUGUUUAGUUACAUAUUAUUUAUUAUACCUGUGGCCUGCAUUGCAGGAAGAAAAUAAAAAGGACAUUCCUGCAUGCUUGGUCUUGACUCGCUUAAAUAAUAAUAUAUAAACAUGUUUUUGCAUACUUGACACAAUGAACAGCUGAUGCUCCAUGACGCCACUUUGAUGCUCCGGGAAAAAUUAAAAGCAACAUUUUUGCUCCCUCAAAGGGCACUUUCUGCGGGAGGGGACGCCACCCUAAAGCUUGUUCCAACAAAGUGAGAAAAUGAAUGGUCCCUUCCACAAGACGAAUGGCACACUCAUACAGUCCCAUUCAGAGUACCCACUUCAAGGGCUCUGCACCUCGGAGUGAGUAUGACAUAGAGAAUCACUUGUGAUUAGAGCCCGCCCCCUAUUUGCUGUAGCGCGCGCUGUUACUGGCACCUCUGUUUAAUUUUCGUCUCAUACGUCUCAUAAUAACGCAUUGCUACUGUUAUUGUGAGACUAUUAGGAGAUUUUAAUUUGGAUUUAUUUUAACUAUUUUAAUUUAAUUAUUAAAAUGUCUACUUUUUACCUUUAGAUUUGUGAAUGGAAGGGGCAGAGCCAGGGGCUCGCAUCCCUGCUGCCCCGUUCUGUGUACGUCACAGUUUACACACUUUAAGGAUAUGCUCGGUGUGAUUUAUUAAAAAAAAUAAAGACAUGUUUCUCACGAGGAGCUUACUAAAUCUGUGGUUUGAGCCACACAGAAUCCAUGUGACCAUCUCUUGACUCUUAUUUGACCAUUUGAACUCGGUAACCUUCUCAUUGCUUGAGACAUGUUUGUUAGUGACUCUCUUAUUCUAAUCAAAGUGUGCCAUAGGGAACCUAGAUUUAACCUAUACACUUGGGUUUGAAAGGGGGAUAUACAGACGUGGUUAAAAUGGACACGACAGAAUGAUGUGUGUAAGUGUGUGUGUCCAGAGCAAUGUGGUAGGACAGCGUUAGAAUUUGCCAAUUUUCUUGCAUGAAAUGUCAAACACCGGCCAUACACACCUUUUUCUUCCAGCUGUGUGCUUUACUCCCUAAACACGUGUAACUUUGGGAACAAGCUGUGGUGAAUAAAGGUUUUGGG